AACGGACAGUCAGGCAGACGACAGGCAGUUGUCAACAGCCAUUGACCAGUGCUUCUUCCUGUGGGAGCCCCCCCACAUAAUACAAGUCGAGGCACAGAGAACUGUGUGCCUAUCUCGAUAUAAACCCACCUCUGCUGGCCAUGGCCUCUUCCCUCACAUACUUUGCCCGGCAUGCUUCGAAAAGGCUAUGUCUCGGCCCCUCGUCCUCCUCCGCACUCAGAGCCUCCUCAAUCGCAGGACUAAGAUCAGUAUCUACCUCACCCGCUCUCAAUGCAACUCCUGCCUAUCGACCUACUCGACUCAUCCCCACGGAUCCGGAAUUCGCACCUGGUGGCUCUAAACAUCAGCCCAACAAGCCAUCUGGUUCAUAUUCUGAGCCCUCCGCACUUGAAUCCGAUGCUGGACAUGGCCGCAAGAUCCGCCAUUACACAGUCAACUUCGGGCCUCAGCACCCCGCGGCGCACGGUGUGCUUCGGUUGAUUUUAGAACUCAAUGGUGAAGAAAUUAUUCGUGCAGAUCCGCAUGUUGGGUUGCUGCAUCGUGGCACGGAAAAAUUGAUCGAGUAUAAGACAUAUAUGCAAGCACUACCAUACUUUGACCGAUUGGACUACGUUUCAAUGAUGACAAAUGAACAAUGCUUUUCGUUGGCGGUGGAGAAACUUCUCAACGUCGAGAUUCCAGAUCGAGCGAAAUGGAUCAGAACGUUGUUCGGGGAGAUCACCAGAAUUUUGAACCACCUCAUGUCGGUAUUAUCACACGCUAUGGACGUUGGGGCAUUGACUCCGUUUUUGUGGGGUUUCGAGGAGCGUGAGAAAUUGAUGGAAUUCUAUGAACGUGUUUCGGGAGCCCGUCUCCACGCUGCAUAUGUUCGGCCAGGCGGGGUUCAUCAAGAUAUCCCUCUUGGCCUUCUAGAUGAUAUCUAUCAGUGGGCAACCCAAUUCAGCGACCGUAUCGAUGAGACCGAAGAGCUACUCACAGACAAUCGUAUUUGGAAAGCUCGUACCCAAGGCGUUGGUGUGGUCACUGCUGCAGAGGCCCUCAACUACGGUUUUACCGGAGUCAUGCUCCGUGGUUCCGGCGUUCCAUGGGACAUCCGCAAAUCCCAACCCUACGAUGCCUACGGCGAGGUAGAAUUCGACGUCCCCGUUGGUGUCAAUGGAGAUUGUUAUGACAGAUACCUUUGCCGCAUGGAGGAGUUCCGCCAAUCCCUUCGUAUCAUCCAUCAAUGCUUGAACAAGAUGCCAGCAGGCCCUGUUCGUGUGGAGGAUUACAAGAUCUCACCACCACCCAGAGCUGCCAUGAAGGAGAACAUGGAAGCGCUCAUCCAUCACUUCCUCCUUUUCACAAAGGGAUACGCGGUCCCGCCUGGUGAAACGUACUCCGCCAUUGAGGCACCGAAAGGUGAAAUGGGUGUUUACGUCGUCAGUGACGGUAGCGAACGGCCCUACCGUUGCAAAAUCCGUGCUCCUGGUUUCGCCCAUCUGUCUUGUUUCGACCAAAUUUCUAGAGGUCACCUGCUAGCUGAUGCAGUCGCGAUCAUUGGAACCAUGGAUCUCGUGUUCGGUGAAGUAGAUAGAUAAUCGCGAAAUAAAACGAGCACGAUACCAUGAAAAAAACCCACUUACUUCAACUCAGGAACGUGUUUAAUUUCUUCCUUCUUUUUCCAGCUUUAGAAGAAAAGGAGUGGGAUCAAGUUGGGGAAAAUAAAUAAAUAAUAGAUUAACAACUAACAAUUUUCUUUAUUUUCUUUAAAUUCCAGCCCACGACAUAGCACCUAAUGGUCCGUCAAGACUCCCUUAUGUAAAAAAAAUUGUUCCUCCUUCGGCGGACUGACGAGUUCAGCCCAGACUCAUCAUUUGAUGCAUUUUGUACAUCGAUUUCGUUUGUUAAGUUCAAUUUUCAUCUUUGCUGCUCUUAUUUCCAUUUUUUUUCUUUUUCUCUGGUUCUAUUUAUUACCCUACCCUCUUGUGUAUUCAUCUCAACCUGCUAUUCCCCGCUGCUCCACUGCGCCCAUUGUCAUUCGGCCAUCUAUUCAGUAAAUAUUCAGCAUACAUACUAAGAACUUUAGCGGUAAAGGCUUUUUUCUUUUGG